AUGAAGACGCCCGUUGCCUGUGGCGAAGAGGAGAGCACGAUCGAUUCAACGUCAUGGCCCACCAAUCGCCUCAGCUACAUCGAGUUGAGUCCACAGGGCAAGGCGACAAUCGACAAGCUCUUUGACGGACGAAGCGAUACGCCACUGCUCAUGAAGUGGGUGAUGCUGCACAAGUCGGGGUCCAAGUUCCGCCCCAGGCUCUUCGUGAUCUCUGCUCUCCGGCUGUGGAUUCUGAAGCAGCACAAAGUCUUCGGCAAGUCUCUUGUGUUGCGUCGGGAGUACCAGCUGAUGCACGUCCAGAAGCUCACAGCACUGCGAUCGCGGUCGCCAUCAGCCGCAAACUCGUCGACAUCGUCAACUAUAUCCAUCCGCAUCGUUGUUUUGCCCAAGCAGGUGGACGGAUACUGUGAAGAGCCUGUAAUGCUGCACUUUGACCCAGGCACACACUCGGAGAGCUUCGUGCGACUCCUUCAGCGGCUGCUACACGCGCUCCGAUUGACUUUCUCACAGCAGCAGCCACCGCCGAUGAAGCUUCCGCCUGAUUGCCACUGGCAUGAAUUCUUCCCAGACGAGGGCGAGAACCAGGAUGAAGAGCGUCAGGUCGCACGUUCGACUGCGUCUACCCAGCAGAACCCAUUUUUCACUGCGAUGACAAUGGCGUAUCGUGCCUUUUGUGACGAUUUGGGGGUUCGCUUCCGUGACAGCGUACCAAUUCGACUUGAGGAAUGUGCUACUACGUCUGGAUGUAUGGAUUUCCAGUAUUGUCUUGGCUUUCCGCGUGGAGUUGACGGCUACGAGCAGCAUGAACACCCUCAAACAGCGCUACAAGCCUUCACUCGGGCUAUUGUUGUCGCGUGCUUCCCUUCCUCCGCUCAGUCCGUGGCAAGUUUCCAGUCAAAAGAGAUCCAAGCUUUAGUAAGAACACUGGAGUGCUCACGGUGCUUCACAGAGAUUGUCAUCAGCGACCUGGCGAUGGGCCACGCGAGUUUGGCGAUACUUUUCCAAUCUCUGCUGUCACCCCAGUCCACGAUCGAAGGGUUCACAUUGACCAACGUGCAGCUGUCUGUUCGAGCACUGCGCACUCUUCAAGGAGUUACACAGGAGAUUGCAAUGCGGCAAAGCAAUUCCAAGAAGAAAUUGUCACUCAAGUGCUUGGAUUUCUCAUUCAACCGGUUCACAGUCGCUAUGGCCACGGAGCUCGCAAAUAUAUUGCACCAACUGCCUAAUGGCCUGGAGCUGCUUCAGCUUGAGCGAUGCGGUCUCUCAACGGUAUCGUCCUGUCGGAUCGUGGAGGCUUUGUCGACUACCGAAGCAUUUGGAGUAUUGCUACUGGAGUUGAACAUCGCAGGGAACCAUCUCGGACUGGAAGGUACCAAGCAUCUGGCCACUUGGAUCACUAGAACACGAGCUCUCCAGCGGCUCGACGUGUCACGUACUCAACUCGACAUCAACAUCUUCGCUCAGGCUCUCAAGCUCAACACCAUGUUGCACGAGUCCUCACUCGUUCACCUUGAGUUGUCGUACAACCAGAUGCGCACACAAGCCAGUGAGGAUCUUGGUGUCAUCCUGGGGAAGUCCAAAAGCCUGACGACGAUCAUCUUGCGCGGCAUGAAGCGCUAUCGACACUUCCACCGGUUGUUGCCUCCUCAGCUGCAGAAGGAAGGCACGCUCUUGGCUCUCUCCGAAGCUGCCGUCGUGGCUCAAACUGCAGCGGCACGCAGGAAUGGACGGACCGUCCACCGCGCUGACGGCCUUCGCAAGCAGUUCCUGCGAAAUAUUCUGGCCCCAAUGUUUGCGAACACGGAUCGGGACUGGGAUUGCACGUGUAUGGUCGACUUGAGCGACAACGAUCUGAGCGGCCACCGAGCUGAGGUAUUGGCGAAACUACUGGACGAGUCUCCUUGGGCAACGCGGAUGUCGCUACGACUGGAUCACUCGCGGCUUCACGAUGAUUCGGCUGUGCUGCUUCUUCACUCGAUUCGAGGCUGCAAGACUCUAGCCUCGCUGAGUCUGGAAGGAAAUGGCUUCAUCAAGCGCAACGCUCAUCGUAAACGCCAACUGCAGAACGAGAAAUGCUACAGUGAAGGCGUAGCUCCUUCUAAUCCCAGUGAGGUCGAACAGGCCGGAGCGAAUGCCUUGGCGAUAAUGCUCGGAGGAGUGCUGGACUGCACCAACUAUCAGAACGCUGGAUUUCGACUGGGGGCGCGUGAAGCUGCGAUUGCUGCGAUGCACUCAUCAGCCACGAAGCCUCUGCGUUUGAGGGAGUUGUCUUUGAAGUGCCCAGGCUCCUACGUCUUCGGCACCCACAUCGUUACGGCUGCUGUCCACGCGUUGGCGAAGCCUAACGCCCAGCUGAGGAUGCUUGACGUCACGGGCAAUGCGUGUGGAGACGCGCUGGCUCAAGCUCUCGGUGAGAUGCUGCCUAAGAACAAGAGCUUGCAGGCGUUGUACUGGGACGGCAACUGCAUCACUGUCGACGGUUUCCACCAGUUCUACGACGGACUCCUGCAAAACCAGACGCUGAUAAUGGUGGAGAUGCCGAUCCAAGAUACUCGACGGAUCUUGGAGGAGCAGCAGGAUCCACCGCGCGAGAAGCUCUUCAGUAUCCUGGGCAAGAUCUUCAAAAUUACGGAGAGGAACCAAAUCCUAGCCAAAGAAGUGAAGGAUCGAAGAGCCGAAGCACUCAGUGCUCGAAAGCCGAUUGAGCUGGAAAUCAAACGCGAGCUCGAGUCUGCAGGCUUGGCACUGGAGAAGUGUUCUUCUCCUAAACGGGCAAUAGGUGGUGGUGAUGAGGAAGAGGACGAAGAUGUCGAUCUGUCAAGUGCACGCUCGUCCGCUCGAAGGAGCCUCUCCAGACAAACCAGCGCUCGGUACCCGACACGGAUGCAAUCUUGGAGCAGGCAGAGCAAUGGCGAGGACUUCAUCUCGCAGCUCAACGAGCUGGACUCGCUCACCUCGUCGUUCUCACGCACCCCGUCACACAUGUAA